CCCCUGAUUCUGAAUCUCUCUCCCCCUUCGGCCCUUUCUUUCAAUUUUCACUCUUCCACUGUGACUUUCAACCCCGUCGCACCAAAACCCUAAACCCCUCUAUCCCUUCCCACUCGCCACCGUCGUUGCCGCCACAUCUCGCUACUCGAUCGCCGUAACCGGUUAGAAGAAGUUUGGGAAUGGCGUAUUUGCGAAAUGGCAGAAAUGUCCUCCGUCAAAUCGUUAAAGACACCAACAUCCACAGCUCCGGGGGCUCGGAUCGGAUGAUGAAUCCGCUGAUAUAUGCUUCUAAAGGAGUUCGAUUCCGACAUUUGGAGGUUAUCCUAACGACGAGCGUGGACAAGCUCGGUAAAGCCGGUGAGACGGUGAAGGUUGCGCCGGGGUAUUUUCGCAACCACUUGAUGCCGAAAUUGCUUGCUGUCCCAAACAUUGACAAGUAUGCGUAUCUCAUCAAAGAGCAUCGCAAGAACUCCCUGCUUGAAGUAGAGGAAGAGGUUGAGGAGGUUAAAGUAGUUGCUGCGGUGUCUGAGGAAGCUAAGCAGAAAGCAUAUCAAAAGGCGGCGAAAAUCCUGGAUAAUGCUCGUCUGGUAUUGCGGAGGCCCAUCGACCUUAAAAAGUUCCGUGCGCGUGCAACAAAAGAGGACCCUAUAGAAUUGAAAUCCCCCGUGACAACCGAGGAUAUAGUGGCCGAGGUGGCAAGGCAGCUUUCCGUGCAAAUUCUACCCGAAAACGUCCAUCUCCCAUCUCCUUUGUUAACUGUGGGAGAGUAUGAGGUGACACUGCGCCUUCCUAAGUCCAUCUCUUUGCCGCCGGGGAAGGUUCAAUGGACUCUUAAAGUUAAAAUCCGAGCUGCAUAAACACUGGACACCGUACCUUUCAAUUUCGACCUCUCAGAACGUCGUGGGGCUCAACGUUAUGUUUUUUGUGGGAUAAUUGUUGUAUUUUCUGAUGCCUUCGUAAAAUUGAAGACAUUAUAUCUAUAGUAUUAGACUUUUAGUUGCCCGUGGUGGAAAUGCUUGUUUCUGUGUCAUAAAGUUUUGAUGCCAAAACCACUUUUCAAUAAACAGAUGGUUCCUCCUCCUCCA